AAUUUUUGCUAAAACAACAUGAACAGCGUCGCGUUGCACCGUGUCAUCACGUGUUGUUCCCGCUGCCGUCGUUGUCACCGUCGUUGUUGCAUCGCUGUCGCCGCCACCGCCGUCGUCAACGCAUGCGUCGAAAAUGUAUUUCAUUGCAGAGUAUACAACCGGUUGCGGAGGGGUGACUUCGCUUCGCUGACACUAGAGAAAUCAUUUCGACUAGUCGUGGAAUAAUGCUCGUGAAGGAGGCGUUCCCGCUUAGUUUCUAAUAGUAUUAUUGUACUCAAUCGUACCUCUUCCGAGUCUCUCACGAACCGCGUCGCUUAUUAACGAGGUAAUCAAUACAAGUGGUAAGGGGGUUACUACGGCGUGGGAAGGUGAAAACAUUGUGACAUGUAUGUCAUCUCGAAUUCAGCAGUAAUCCACAAAACCAACGAAAGUCUUCCUACAUUUAUCACGAUGCCGUUAAUACCGUGACACAGUGAUAGUUAUCAUGAUUAUAAGUUGGUUGACGAGGAAAUAAGAAAAUAUCUUCGAACAAUAGAGGACAUAGAGAUAAGAAUCCAAAUAUAGACACAAGGAAACAACCUUAUGCAAAUCCUCUCUCUAUGAAAUAGCAUCCGGAUUCAACACUUUACCUACGAAUUGCGCUGCCUACAAAGCUUAUCAAUAGGCUUCCGGUAGUAAAGUGUUAUAAACAAGAGAAAAUGCGUUAUUUCUCAAUUAAUGAAGAAUAAAGAAGAUGCUCAUAUGCACCACUGCCCGAAAGAUGAGAAAACGAAUAUUGUGGUGCGCCUUCGCCUUCGCUGUUGUGCUCCUUAUAUUUAUGAUUUCGACCGAGAAUAAUAUCAUCCAAAGGAUACCGUUUUUGGAUGUAACAACAAUCAACGAUAUCAGAUGCUACGAUGAAAUCUCGACCACGGAAGGCAUCCGUGAUUUCGAUCUGGAAUCAAGUACAGAUAAACCGGUUCCAGGUAGAAAUAUUUUCUUUCACGAAACUUCCUGUUUUGGGGUGGAAGGUCUCGUGCUGAACGCUCGACAAGCAUGCGCUGUGGAAUCAGCGGCGCGAAUGAACCCAAAAAUGAUGGUCUAUCUAUUGUUCGUCAGCAAAUCAGAUUUUUCGAAUGGUACACGUGAAAUCAUUAGGCAUCUACUCAACUAUAGCAACAUCAAGAUACGGCAUAUCUAUCCGGAGAAAUAUGUGAAGGGCACCCCGUUGGAAGCAUGGUAUACCAGCGGGGUGCUAAAGAAAAGCCACUGGCCUGUCAGCCACAUGUCCGACAUGCUACGUUACUUAACUCUAUGGAAAUAUGGCGGUAUCUAUUUGGAUUUGGAUGUGGUGGUUACUAGCUCGCUUGAGAAUCUAACAAAUUUUGCUGGCGCCGAAGACUGGGACGACGUUGCCGCCGGUGUCAUGGGCUUUGAUAUGUCGAAACUGGGUCGGCGCAUGGCCGACGCCUGCAUACGCGACUUCAAAAGGAAUUUCCGUGGCGAUGUGUGGGGCAACAAUGGGCCCGGAGUUAUCACGCGGACGCUGCAGAAGCUCUGCGCGACGACAUACGCGCGCGAUAUGACGACCAAUCGUUGCCAUGGCUUUACGGUAUAUUCGCCAUCGAUCUUCUAUCCGAUUCAUUAUAAGAAAUGGAAGAAGUAUUUCGAGAAGAAAGACAGCAAUGCAACACUGAAAAUAUUGAGCAAAGCAAAGGCGAUUCACGUAUGGAACAAGUUGAGUAAAGCCGAACAGGUGCGAGUAGACAGCAAUGUGCCAUAUGCCGUUAUCGCGCGGAAUUAUUGUCCGCAUACUUUUAAUAAUUGCGAACUGUAUCCAAUGCUGACCGCGUCCAUCGCACAACUGCUUCGUGUUACAAAAACAUUCAAAACGCGAUUGUCUUCACAAACCUCGAUCAUUUUUCUCUCACGUUCACAGUAUAGCACGCAUAUUGGACAAUUAGGUAUGCUGAAUUCUACAAUGGCCAAACAAAUCUUUCAGGGCCAUAGUGAUCACUAUAAUGGCAUUACGAUCGACUCAGGCGAGGAGGCGUGCGACAAUAAAGUAUUUGUACAGCGUCUCAAAGAUUCAUUGGAACAAUGGACAAAAGAUAAAAAGCGCACUAUAUGGUUUCGCGUACACAUACCACAUACAGAAUGGGUUCCUAUGUUAACAAAACAGGGAUUUAUCUUUCAUCAUGCAAAAGAAGAAUACGUCAUGUUAUAUCGCUGGUUGCCUACUGAUGAAGAAUGCAAUGUUCCAAAAUAUGCACAUACGUACUUAGGUGUUGGUGCAUUUGUAUUCAAUAAAGAUACGAAUGAAAUUCUUGCUAUUAAAGAGAAAUAUGCUCUCAACAGAGCAAGUUGGAAGCUUCCAGGUGGCUAUGUAGAGCCAGGAGAAAAUAUUGAAGAAGCAGCUAAGAGAGAAGUUUUGGAAGAAACGGGAAUUCAGACAAAUUUCAAGUGUUUGAUAUCUUUUAGGCAUGGACAUGAUUUCUCUUUUGGAUGCUCAGAUAUAUAUAUGAUUGCAUACUUGACACCUCAGAAUUUCGAGAUACAAAAAUGCAAGCGAGAGAUUUCAGAGUGCAAAUGGAUGAAGUUGAGUGAAUUCUUACAGCAUCCAGAAGUACAUGCAAACAAUAAAACUUUAGCAACGAAAACAGUGAACUUUCUUCAACAUCAAAUGGGUAUGGUGGCAAAUUAUGGAAUACAUCCUAUCACUAAAAAACAAAUAUGCGUGUACAGUGUAGAAAAUACAAAUAUUGAACCUACAUCUAUAGAAUAAACUGUUCUCUGUAGAAAAAAAAUCGAUACAUUGUAUAAAGCGAUAGAAUUUUUAAGCAAUAUAUAAGAGAAAUAUACACUCUUGUUACUGCCAUACAAGCAAAUGCGUACAAGAUAAUAAAUAAUAUUGUUGAAUAGUACAAUGUUAAGUUAUUAAAUAUAAAUUAAUUUUUUGACUAA